UGCAGCCAAUGAAAACCAUGCUGACAUUGACAGACGAGGUGCAUCAUGGUAGUUGUAGUCGGAGCGUCGUUUGCGGCCCUUUAUCGGCUCUGUUCCUGCUGCUGUGGAGGACUACAGAGCUCCGGGUCCUGGACAGAGGCGGCUCGAGUUGACAGCGGUCGGUACUAAGCGAAGUACGGCGGCACAAAAUCCAGUCAGUCUGUCAUUUUUCAAAAGGGGUUUAACGUUUUUUAUAAAUUGACAUCUGCAAGUAUGCAGUCCGAAUCGGGAAUAGUUCCCGACUUCGAUGUUGGAGAGGAGUUUCAAGAGGAACCAAAAACGUAUUACGAAUUGAAGAGUCAACCCUUGAAAAACAGCAGCCCAUCGGACCAGCAUGGCUCCUCCAAGCCCCCGCUGAGCUCCUCGGCCAUGACAUCACGCAUCCUGUUGCGGCAACAGCUGAUGCGGGAGCAGCUUCAGGAGCAGGAGCGGCGGGAACAGCAGAGACAGCAGGCCUCCCAGUACCCACAAACCACAGCGGCACAAACCCCGGCCAUCAAUGUCAGCGUCCCAGUCAGUCUACCGCCUGCUGCACAGGUGCCAAUGGAGGUGCUGAAGGUCCAGACUCACCUGGAGAACCCAACCAAGUACCACAUCCAGCGGUCUCAGCAGCAGCAGGUGAAGCGGUACCUGGGAAAGCUUGGCUCUCAGGUGUUGAGCUUGCCCUGCCACAACCAGUCCUCUGACCACGGGGGCAUGCCGCCAGGGCCGGGCAACAGCGCCCCCAACAGCCCUAUGGCCUUACUGACCCUGAACUCUAACUGCGAGAAAGAGAUGGAUGAUGUCAUUGAUGACAUUAUUAGUCUGGAGUCCAGUUACAGUGAUGAUAUCCUCGGCCUUAUGGACCCAGGUCUUCAGAUGGCUAACACGAUCCCCGUGCCUGCUAACCUCAUGGACAUGUAUGGUAAUCAGGGUAUGUCCCAGCAAGGUCUGCCCAUCAGCAACUCUUGCCCUGCCAACCUGCCCAACAUCAAAAGGGAAUACUCAGUAUCACAUUCCCCGGCCAUCAUGCAUAUGCUGGACAAGUCUGGAUCCUGUGGCAAAUUUGACAACUAUCAAAGGCCUGAAGGGUUCCCUGUUGCUGAGGUCAGAGCAAUGGCAAAGGAGAGACAGAAGAAGGACAACCAUAACCUGAUUGAGAGAAGACGGCGGUUUAACAUCAAUGAUCGAAUCAAGGAAUUGGGAACUUUAAUUCCAAAGUCCAACGACCCGGACAUGCGCUGGAACAAAGGCACCAUCCUCAAGGCGUCAGUGGACUACAUCAGGAAGAUGCAGCGGGAACAACAGAGGGCCAAGGAGCUGGAGAGUCGUCAGAAGAAGCUUGAACAUGCCAAUCGACAUCUGAUGUUGAGGAUACAGGAAUUAGAGAUGCAGGCUCGGGCUCACGGCCUGGCGAUCACAUCUUCAGCACUCUGCUCUGCUGAUCUCGGGUCCCGAAACAUCAAGCAGGAGCACUCUCUGGAGGACUGUCACCCGGACCUGUACACACUCCACCCCCAUCACCAACAUCACCCCGCCUGCACCCCAGAACCACCCGGCACCCUGGAGGUCGAAGGUCACUCUAACUUCUCGGAGGGCCACUACAGCGUUCACACCAAGCCGGGCUCCAAACUCAACGACAUCCUCAUGGAAGAUACCUUAUCACCAGUGAGAGGAGGGGACCCUUUGCUCUCGUCUGUUUCCCCAGACGCCUCAAAGGACAGCAGUCGCAAGAGCAGUGUAAGCAUGGAUGAGAAUGAGCAGGGUUGUUAGCACCCCCUACUGGAAGACCCCUCGCCUGCAUCAUCUGAAACGCCUCCAUCCUGCUGCAAGAGUUCCUGUCAGUAGCUAACACACUCCCAGCUGCUGGAGAGGCUUCCUCCUGUUCAUGUUUGUUAUGUUUUUUUUUCUCCCCUACCUGUGUUUACAUGUAUUGAACCUUUUCCAUUCAUUUAUUUUUUGUUUUGUUAGUUUUUUUGUGAUAUCUUUGUCUUUUCAAGCCCUCAACCUUGAUAUCAAGGACUGAUUUUAAAGUAUGUUUGCUUUAAUCAAUACUUUGAUGACAAUGAGUUACAAAAAUAGAAGUUUUUAUAUUUAAAAGAAUAUGCAUUUAUCUUUGGAUAGAGGCUAGAUUAUGUUUAUUUCUAUUGAUUCCAAAGAAUCUAGGGAAAUUAUAAAUCAUGGUCAGAAAUGUAGAUAUUUUGUGGUGAGAUGAACACUGCUUUUUAAAUCACUAGCAAUAAUAGAAGAAAACAAAUCUAUUUAUUACUAUAGUGCUUUACACUCCUUGUGUCUUAGAUUGAACUUGAAUGUGCCAAUGCCUUAUUAUGAUGUGUAUACAUCAAUGUUGUAUUGCUAUGCACAUAUUCUGGCUGUUAGCUGAGUCUUUACCAGUCUUCCAGUUGAAAUUUCCUUCUUGACAAAUAUUAAUCAUUUGUAGAUUUGAACUUAUUUAUGUAUCUAUGUAAACAGGACUUUAUGUAUACAUUCCCCUGAAAAGAAUAAUUUAUAAAAAGGCAUUUAAAAGAGCCUGAGAUAAUAAAAAUCGAAGCACAUUAAAAAAACAACCCUGAAACUAAAAUGCCUCUUUCAAGAUGAUUAAAAUGAGUAAAAUCAUCAUUGAUAAUGGCAACAUUUUGUGUGUUUAUUCAGUGUGAUAAUGAGCAAGAGGCAGCACAACAAUCCAGUAACCAGAAACCACACUGAUUCAUCCUUUAACCAUCCAGCAGUGUGUACUAGAUAUAUUAACAAUACAUUCCUCACUGCCAGAACCACUGAAAUAUUUAAAUUACAUUUUUUUUUAAAACAACAAACCUCAAAGAAACUUUUUAAACACAAAGUCUCAAAAUUUGUUUAAUUUUAGCUCAAAUCAAAAAUCAAAAGGCUAUAGUGGCCCUGACACGCGCACAAGAAGCUGAUUUCACUCGAUAGAUCUGAAUAUUGUGACAUAAUUCUAUAAAUCUUUGUUAUGUGGUUGCUGCAAGAAAGAUGAAUCAAUUCAGCUUUUAUUGUGUUCUUGUCUAUAGUGAUCAGAACUGGUAGAACUGCUACUAUUUCAGCACAUACAGUGUUUAAUAUUUUUGUGUCAAUUCAAGUGCUCAGUUUUUAUUAUUGUCCAUCCAUUUCCUAAAUUAUUGCGUUUUUUUAACACCACUGUGGUGACAUUUCACAUUCAGGAUGUUUUUUUUUUCCAUUAUGUGAACAUUUAUAUUGUCAAGGAGUAUAAGGAGACUGCUUUGCGAUUUUGUAUGAAAUGCAUGACAUUGUCAAAACACUGGAAUGACCUCUGUAAAUCGAAAUGUGGUUUGUUCGCCUUUUUUAUCUAAGCAUUAACUAACUAUUGUAUUUGGCUUUUCAAAUGCAUACACAAUAUUGUAUGAGAUUGUAGAUUCUUUAUGGUGUAAGGUUGUUGUAUAUUUGAGCAGUUUGUUUUCAACAGUUGUAGCACAUGCAUAAAUAUGCCUUUGUUAAUAACUACCUGCCACACAUUGAGAGCCCUGUUACAGCACAGCCUCCAUUAUGUUAAACUAUGCAAUGGUUGAAGUUGUGCCUGUAGAGCAGCAUCAUGUCUUGACAAUGUGAUCUCCUUAUGAAUUAGUAUCAAAGUGAUUCUCUUUUUAAUUGAUUUUAAGUGCCUUACAGUCGUUUCUGUUACCCUGGUGUUGUAAGAGGAGUUGUAGAUAGCGAUGCAGCAUUUUGUUAAUGUUUGUACUGGUGUUUGGUGCUUCAUGGAAUAACUUAGGGGUGCCAAAAUACCUUAGAAAGCAAUAGGAAAUGCCGUUUUGUCAGCAUGAGCCUCUCAGACUCAAGAACCACAAGAAAGAGUUUGUUUUUAUGGAACCGCAAAAUGUUUAGAAUAAAAAGUAAGGCAUUAUGAAUUAAAGUGACAAAACUAUAAAUAAAUAGAAAAUCUGAAAUAAUUUUAUAAAUGAUUAAAAAUCUAGAUUAUUAUUAAAUAUCAGCAGUUACACAGUUUUAUUUAUUUGUUUUUAUUUUAGUACAGACAUUUGAAUGUAAAAGUUCCCUUUAUAAAAAAAUGUAUCAGUUUUUAAUUCAUAAUAGCGCUUUCAUCUCAAAAUUGUCAACACCGCCUCACCUCUCAGCCAAUAACCCCAAUCCUCCUGACAGGCUGAAGAACAGCCUCGCUCGCUAGCUAGCAGUUGUUGAGCCUGCUUAGGGACAUGUGAUUGACUGAAAGGUAAAGAGGAAGAGACCAUUUACUGUCAUGAAAAGUGCAAUUUUGAAAUUAAAGGUGUAACUGAGGAAAGAACUAUUGUGAAGUAAAAAAUCCAGCUGAAAUGAAAGCAAUAACUUUUACAAUAAAAAUAAGAAGACUGAAAUAAUACUCCAUAAAAAUGAUUUGGGGUUUUAAUAAUUUUCACAAACUAUUGGUUGAAUUUUAUAUCUUACUUUAUUUAUUUAUAUGUUUAUUAUUAUUUCUUUCAUAAUGUCUUAUUUGUUAUUUGAUAUUGAACACUUUGCGCCUCCAUAUGUUUUGGUUGUGCAUUUUAUUUUAUCUUUAUUAGGUCAAACAUUACAUUGAAGGCAUUGAUCCCAAAGUUGUCCUGAAUAUUCAGCCACCCUUUGAGACCAGUAGCUUGUACGUUUGCCUGAAUGCAAUUCAAAGUGCUGACUGCCAAAAUGUGUUGCCAAAAUUAAAUAUACAGUGGGUUUUUUAUAAAGAUAUAAAUAGUAAUGUUUUAGGAGCUUGAUGGCAAUCAGGCAAUAAGUAAAGUAGUAAAGGGUGAUGAAGUACAUUGUGAUUGUUCAUUCUAGGAAACAAUAGUUUGACCCAAAACAAAAAUGUAACUCAAGAUCUACCGAACAGUACAUUUUCUGGAGCUUUCAACUCACAGUCUUCAUCAGCAGAUGGAGUUCACUCUUUGACCUAAGUCUGGGAUUUUGGUCACAAUUUUAUGUGGUUGCACAAUCUCUCUCCCUUCUUUAUAACCACUGAUAAAGGCUGUGCAAUGCUUUUGAAAGGUCUAAAAAAGCUAGUGUGUGAAGAUUGAGUUAAGUUUUUUUAUUAUUAUUUUGUCAUACAGGUGAAGUGAAGUACAAAAUAGCCCUUAUGGUUAUACAAAUCCCAGGUAUUGAGCCUUAAUAGUGCAUUAUACACAAGCCUGUAACAUUGCCCUUUGACUGAACCCAGAUCAGCUUUUUUUAAUGGAGUAUAUAAAUAAUUUAAACCCGGAAAUGUGAGUGUUGGUUAGAAUAGACAUCAGCAUUACAACUGGUGGUGCUGGCACUUAAUUUCAAAGCCAUCACCAUGACGGAUUUCUCAUAAUGAAUCAUACAGCUGUUAAUCAUGGCACAUUAUGGGAAUACCACUAAUGAAGAACCAUGUUAGCUCAAUGUAGACCUCUGUGCUCAUUCUCAUUCCUGUGGUUCAUACAGACACAUUCUCUGCUGAUGUUGCUACUGUUCUUAUUGUUACAGUUGAUAUGAGAUGAAUGUAGCAAUAGUUACUGUAUGCACUGGUUUCAGAUUAGUCAACUCAAAAACUCAUUGGUACCUAACGAUGUUGUGAGAAAUAUUAAAAAAGUUUUAUUCGAA